GUUCGUACCAAAACUGCAAGGUUGAGGGUUGUUUGGUUUGGUAGCUUUGGUUGUGUGUCGUAGUCAUAGACAUAGAUUUUGGUAUACGCACCCAACAGCCAGUGAGGCCUUAAUCACUUCCAAAAUUUGCUUUUGCAACCAACUAAUCUACUUUCUUACUGUCAUCGUCAGUUUCCAUUCUUUUCUGUUUCCUCAUAAACGGGUCCCUUUUGUUGCUGCUUCUCUUCAUCUCUGCCGUUGGAAUUGGAUGCUAGGUAGGUUUCUUCAUUGAUAAUGAGAGUUGGGAGAAGAAUAUGUGUUUAGUUAGUGAAUCAGGGAUAGUGGUUUCCGCCAAUUUCUCUAAAUUGAUUGAAAGUUUCUCUCUUUCAUGUGUGUUGCUGAUAAUGCAUAUAAAGAAGAUUAUUUGUUUUGUGGGGUUUGGGUAGUGGAUAUAUGUGUGUGUGUGUUAAAGAGGCAAAAUGGAUUUGUUGGUUGUUGCAGCCGUUGCUGGAGCUGGGUGCUUGGCUAAAUAUUUGAACAAGCUUCCAAAGAAUGGUGACGGCUCAUCCCUUUUGUCUUUAGAGGAUUCCAAUUUUGAGAAUGCUGAGUCCCCAACCCACCCCUUCUGCACACAAGCAGGGAGAGAUUCUUUAGAUAGAAGGGGUUCAGAUGUGAGUUCACAGGAUUGUCUUUUGACAAUAGAGUUGGCUUCUGAUAGGGAAAAAGUAAGGCCAUUCAGGAAUUGCAAUGAGAGUGAUGCCCUCUCUGUAUCGAAUUUUAAUAAUAUUGGAUAUGGAAAUGAGCAAAGCCCCUAUGUUGGUGGCAGUUGCAGUUUCCUACUUACUGAUUUGUCUGCAGCAAAAUUAGGCCAUAGUCCUUUUGGAAGUAAAGCCUCUCAUAGGACUAAGCAUUUGUAUGGGCAUAUUAGUGGGCCUUCAAACUCCUUAGAAAGUUGCCUAAUGGCUCAGCUGUGCAAAGAGCAUGCCCAAAUGGAUGAAUCUGUCUUAUCACCAUCAACAAUGACAAGGUCAUUUCUUGUUAAUGAUGGAAACCAAAUGAUCAGCAGAGCGAAUGAUGAUGAUUCUUUCAGUGGAUUAACUGGAAGUGGAGAAUAUAUGUUGCAUGGAGAAGCCAGUAAAGUGAAGGAUGAAAGUGUAUUAUGUGCAGUUCCUUGCUUACCCAAAAUUGGAUCUUCUAAUGAUGUCAAGAAGAUGAAGUUUAAUGCAGGCAGUGGACGAAGUAAGAGAUUGAGCCCUACUAGCAAUGUGCUUAGUGGAAGGCACAUCCAUACUCAACAUGAUGAAACAUUUCUCUUCAGUCUCGGGAUUUCUUUUGGGAUAAUAACUUCCAUCUUGGCAAAUAAAAGAGAAAUGGACAAGUUAAUAGAGUUGUUGAAGCAGACUGAAAGCUUGGUUCAAGAUCUACAACAGGAACUUGAAAUGAAAGAUUCAAUGAGAGUGAAGGAGUUACAUAAUGAAAAUUAUGAUUCACAGGGUACUUGUGAUCAUUCCUUCUGUGAUAAGGAGCUAAAUGGAUUUUCACCUGAAAAGCACACAGAUAACUCUCCAAUAACUGACUACAAAAAAUCAUAUGAUCAAAAGGAAGAAGAAAGAUCAGAAUCUAUGAGCAAAAUUGAAGCUGAGCUUGAAGCUGAACUUGAGAGAUUGGGAUUAAACAUGAACGAAUCUAGCCCAGAAAGACCGCUGUCUGAGCUUGUUGAGCUUGACCCUGACUUUGUAGCAGAUUUUGCUCAAGGUGAGUUGCAAACUGAUGUGAUCCCUGGGAAAGAUUUUGUCCAUUCAGAACUAAAUGAGGAUGACAGUGACACUGUGGUUCCUGUAAAUUAUGCUGUUUCGCCUCAUGAACUAACACUGUGCUUGCAUGAAGUUAUCCAAUCAAGACUUGAGGGACGUGUACAGGAGCUUGAGAUUGCCCUUGAAAAUAGCCAAAGGAAAUUACGGUUUAUGGAAUCUGAGCAUGAGAGUCAUCCCCAAAAGUAUUUCUCAAGUUGUGGACAAGCAUCCUCCUUGACUAAAGAUGACUGUGAGCCUAUUACCGAACCCUUAGUUAUGAGUUUAUUUGGUGACUCUCCCGGGGCUUACAUUGACACCUCUUAUGAAGAAAUAAUAAAGAUAGAUGACUUCGAAGAAAAUUCACCAUCUAGCAUCCAUAUUUCUGAUUACAAAGUAGAUUCACAUUCACAUGAUUUGCAUGCAUUAGGGGUUCAACAUUGUGGAGCAAAUGAUCUCCUAACUCAUUCCACUGAUAAAGAAGAGAGACUGUCAAGGGAACUCUCUUCUGGUGAGGUCACAAUGUUGGAAGGGCUAAGCUCUAGCAAUUAUGAAUUAAAUGAUGUUACUGGAGAUGAAAACUGUGAGUGUGAUUAUGAGGUGGAAAGGCAAUUAAUAAGACAAAUUGUUGAAAGGACCAAGAAAGGUUCUCCUGUUUUCCAAAAUGCUAGAAGGAUAUUGUAUGCUAUGGAUGAAGAUUAACAUUGAUAUCAAAUACUUUGUAUGUGUGUAGAAAUACGGGUUGGUUUGGUAGGGUAGAAGAAAAUUGAGAAAAAAUAUUUAAAUUAAAGUAGUGUAAUAGAGGUGUUGGAUCCACAUGUGUUAUUGAAAAUUUUCCUUCUUUUCUCA